CUAAGCAACAUUACUUCCUUUUCCGUGCGAGCUGUCAAAAAGUAAACAUGCCGUUAGCGAUUGAUUUACUUCAUCCGAGUCCUGCUUCAGAGAAGCGUAAACAUAAACUUAAACGUUUAGUACAACAUCCAAAUUCGUAUUUCAUGGAUGUAAAGUGCCCUGGUUGCUAUAAAAUUACAACAGUUUUUAGUCAUGCCCAAGGCGUAGUAGUAUGUGCUGGAUGUUCCACAAUUUUAUGUCAACCAACUGGGGGACGAUCAAAAUUAACAGAAGGAUGCUCAUUCAGAAGAAAACCACAUUAGGCUACUAAGAUUGUUUUUAAAUAAAUUACUUGGGAUGAUUUUCGAGCAACAUAAAUUUCCAAAAAAAAAAAAAAAAUAAAAAGUGAUGGAUAUAAUUUAUAAAAUCUUGGAAAAUUAAUAAAGUAUAUUAAUACAAAGUUAUCCUGAAA